CAUCCUCAAAAUCAAUGAUUUUUUUGCAACUCCGCAAUUCAAGGUAUUUUAUCGUGAAACUUUACACACAGUUUUUUUUAAGAAUUUAUGGGAACUGAAAGUUUGAAUGUUGAAUAAACAUGCGGUAUGGCAAAAGAUGACGAUGCCAUCCAUCGGUAAAACCAGGGGACCUGCAACUUGUUUCUCCAACGGGGAUGUCAUGCCAAUGCCAUCAUGCCCAUCACUGCAACCAAACCGUGGUACGUCGCAAAGUCCACCGAAAGUGCCGCCUCUAGUUUCACUGCAAGCCGUUGAAAAAAUCCAUUUCCCUUUUGGAACAUUCGUGUGCGACGCGGCUCCGUGAUACCGGGGUAGCCGUGCAGUGGACAUCUCCCAUUGUUUAGUCGGCCAUCUCCCGUUGUUUUGGCAGCGGCCCCGAACCCGCCUUCCCAAAACCAUUGGCGCCCACGCCACCUAUAAAACCCAUCACCACCACCAAAUCACCACCAUCACACACCAGCCAAAAUAUUCCAACGAAGCAAGAAGAGAGAGCCACAGUCCACAGCACCACGAUCGAUCGAUCGAUCUCCAACGACUCCGGCGCCGGGCUUUGAUCGGAAGGGAAGAAGAGGAGGAUGCGGAUGAGCUGCAACGGGUGCCGGGUGCUGCGCAAGGGGUGCGGCGAGGGGUGCACCAUCCGCCCCUGCCUGGAGUGGAUCCGGAGCGCCGACGCGCAGGCCAACGCCACCGUCUUCCUCGCCAAGUUCUACGGCCGCGCCGGCCUGCUCAACCUCCUCGCCGCCGACGACGCCGGCCUCCGCCCCGCGCUCUUCCGCUCGCUGCUCUACGAGGCGUGCGGCCGCAUGGUCAACCCCGUCUACGGCUCCGUCGGCCUGCUCUGGUCCGGCCAGUGGGGGGCCUGCCAGGCCGCCGUCGAGGCCGUGCUCAAGGGCCGCCCCAUCGUCCGGGUCACCUCCGACGCGCCCCUCACGGCGUGCGACAUCCGCCACGUCGCCAAGGCCGACCGCCCUGCCGCCUCUCCGGAGGCCGCCGGCACGCUCCUCGGCGUCUCGUGCGCCGGGCGCACCGGGUUCAAGCGCGCGUCCUCCUCCACGGCCAAGUCCAAGACCAAGACCAAGAGCUUCUCCGGCGCGAAGCACAACGAUGGGCUCGACCGCGCGCCGAGCCACGAGGAGUCGGCCGGCAGCCACGACCACGGCAGCCACGUUGAAGACGGCGGCAUGGCAGUCGAGCAGGCGAGGGGAGAUGAGUCGUCCGUGGGCACUGAGGUUGACGCCGGCUCGCACGUGAGCCAAGCAGAGCACAGCCCCGUGCCCCCGGCGCACCAGGUGGCCAAGGACGAGGAGGCACAUGACGACGAAAUCGGGCUGGAGCUGACGCUGGGGUUCCAGCCGGUCACCCCGCGCGUGGUGGCGAGGUCGCCGCCGGCAGGGGCACGCUUCGGCGCCAGCAGCUCGAGCGCCGAGUCCAGCCACAUCGGCCUGCUGCUUGAACUGCCGGUGUCAUAGAGACGCGGCCGGCGACAGUGCCGUACUGCCGUCCUUCAUACUAGCUGAGAUAGAGUCCAUAAGUUUUGGGAUCGUGUCAUGCUCCUUCGUUGGUUUCCGUUUUCUUUUCCCCAUUUUAGAGUAGAGAUGGCAGUGGAAUCUUGUACCUUGUCCAUGCUGACCGCCUUGUUUCCGUUUUCUUUUCCCCAUUUUAGAGUAGAGAUGGCAGUGGAAUCUUGUACCUAUAUUACUCACAGGAAUGACACUAGCUAUGAUGUA